AUGAAUAUGAUUCAGCAGCUUUUUAAGAUCUUUAUUAUUAAAUCUAUUGAGGAAUCAAAUACUAAACCUUCUACUGAGAAAUUAAAUACUAGAUCUUCUACUGAGACUUCUAUCAUUGAAGCUUCUAUCAUCAAAGCUCUUUCUAUUAAUGAAGCUUCUACUAGACCUUCUGCUGAAAACUUCUGUGAGAAGCUCUAUCAGCAACUCUUUGAAUUUAAUUUGAAGGUUCAUGAUGAUCUAGUUCAUGAGUGA